UGUAACAUCAUUACAAAACAAUUAGUCGUUGAUCAAGUUCCGAGUGAUAAACAUGGACUUCAGUGAUGUAUAUAACUCUGAUGUCAGAGUGAAGGAGGAACCAAAUGAUGUUUCCCCAAUUGAAAAUGAAGAUUAUAUGAUAAUUGGCAAUGCACGCAAUGCUAAAACCGACGAAUUCUCGAGUUUUUGUCGAGAAAAUUUAAUUCAUGGGCUUCGAGAAUAUGAUGAAAAUUCGCGACCUAAUAACGAUUUGGAAAUAGAAUUCGAAUGUAAGGACGAGAAGCUCGGCAUUGACUUAUUAGUAGUUAAGAAAAUCGAAGACGAUUAUCCAGAUCAUUUGCAGUACAUGAAAAAUAGUUGCGAUUAUCAGACUCAAAAAAAAAUUAAAGAAGAAAUUGUUGACGAGGUAAAAGAGGAAUUGAAUUGGGAUGGUGAACUCAGUGAUGCAUUUGAUGCACAUGAAAAACCAUUUGCUCAAAAUAGUCUAUGUAAAACCCAAACUGAUAAGGCACGCAAUCGUACCAAAUAUCCAUGUAAUGUAUGCGGUAAAAAAUUUUCACAAAAAGGUCAUCUCAAGAUCCACAUCGAUGCAGUUCAUAAUGGAGUCAAACAUACGUGUGUUACAUGUAAAAAGACAUUUGCACACAAAAAUACUCUCAAAAUGCACAUCAAUGCGAUGCAUAAUGGUAUGGCACCUACUUGCGAAAAGUGCGGAAAAAAAUUUCAAACGAAGGCUAACCUCAAGAUUCACAUCGAUUCAGUACAUAAUGGUGUUAGACAUGCGUGUAGUAUAUGUGAAAAGACAUACGUACGAAAAGAAGAUCUCAAAGUCCACAUCAAUGCGAUGCAUAAUGGUGUUAAACAUGCGUGUGGUGUAUGUGGAAAAACAUUCACCCAAAAAGGAGAUCUCAAGAGGCAUAUCGAGGGACAUAAUGGUGUUAAACAUACGUGCGUUACGUGUGGAAAGACAUCACACAAAAAAAAAAUCUCAAAAUGCACAUCGAUGCGAUGCAUAAAGGUAAGCAACCAACAUGUGAAAUAUGCAGAAAAACCUUCUCAACUGAGACUUCACUCAAGAUCCACAUCGAUGCAGUUCAUAAUGGAGUCAAACAUACGUGUGUUACAUGUGAAAAGACAUUCACACGCAAAUAUACUCUAAAAAUGCACAUCGAUGCGAUGCAUAAAGGUACGGUACCUACUUGCGAAGUGUGCGGAAAGAAAUUCUCAACUAAGACUAAACUCAAACUCCACAUGGAUGCAGUGCAUAAUAAGAUAACUCAUGCAUGUGAUACAUGUAGCAAAAUAUUUACGCUGAAAUAUAAUCUUAAGAAACACAUCAAUGCGAUGCAUAAAGGUAUGGCACCUACUUGCGAAGUGUGAGGAAAGACAUUCUCACUAAAGGGUAAUCUUAAAAAACACAUGAAUUUGAUGCAUAAUAAGACCACUUAUUGUAAUACUUGCGGCAAGAUAUUUUCACAAAAAGAUCGUCUUAUAAUUCACAUUAGAACACAGCAUGGAGAUAUUGAUCACGCAAGUGUUUAAUGCGGAAAAAAAUUUACACAUAGGAGAUAUCUACAUAUGCACGUCAAAUGUAUGCAUGAUUUCAAUACCCAAGCACGAGAUCAAUGCAAAAGAUCUUAAAACGUACCUAUCAAUACCGCGCAAAAUGAUUAAACAUCGAGACAAAUGAGUGGUUAUAAAACUGUCAUUGAGAUAGCUCAUCACUCACGCAUUACCACCCAAUAAUAAAUGUGUUAAAUGUACAUUGAAAUUUUGUAAAAAACAAUUACUAUUAUAUUUUGGAUCACUUCUAUGUUUUCCGUCUGACUGCUUAAGAAACGAUUAAGUUUUAAAUAAAUUAAUAAACUUUU